CAAGAAAAACAAAAGUACAAUUGGAAUGAAAAAAAUAUUUUUUUUUAAAACAAAUAAUCUUAUGUGUAAAGCAUUAGAUUUCCCCACCGAGUUUCCAUCCAAAAUGCAAAUUAUGCACACAAGAGAAUAACAAUGCAUUUUUUAUCACUUAGAACUCCGUAGCUACAGACAUGAAUUCAAGAAUAAAGAUCUGAAAAAAUCUGAAAGGAGUUGGUGGAUAUUGUCCACUCUGCAACAAUCUGUUGAGGAAAGAGUAUAGGCUUGCUUAUUUUGCAACUUUGUCUCAAAGGAGUGUAACCUAUUCUUAAAAUUGGUCAAAGAAACUAUCAAUUCUCACGAGAUAUUUUUGUCUGUGAGGGUACGUUGAAAUUAUCUAUAUGUGGUUGAUUGUUGUUAAUUCAAUAUGUUUGUUUACAUGUAACCAUGUGGUACAUCUUUAUUUGUAAAUUAUAGAGACAAACUCAGAUCAAAAAAAAAAAAUUCCGUCAAAUAAUUUUUUUUCGUAAAACCCUAUAGCGUAAUGAUGCAAAUGUUAUACCGGUGUUCAUGUCUAAUACACAAGAGAGGUGAAGUGGAGUUUUGGAAGACACUAAAUCGUUCUGUAAUCUAACUUUUGCGUUAUCUGCCCGUUUUGACAGUGUAUAAAACUUCAACAAAAGCGUCGCUGUGCAAACUUUGCAGUGUAAACCUGAGCAGCUGGUAAGAGUUCUUUGUUAUAAUCAUGACGACUUGAGUAAUAUUCAUUCCUAUCGUAGUUCCUACUUAAUGAUUUUUUUUAUUUUUUUCUACUGUUCAAGAAAUAGUUUAUUCAUUAAUUCCUUUUUUGCCAUAUGUUUUAGCAAUGAGACAUUUAAUUUUGGCCUUUGUCGUUUCUUCUGUAUUGGCUCAACACCAUCAUGACAUUGCUCAGCUGGUAGACCAAGCUUUCCUCAGGUUGGAUGUUCACCCGAAAGAUGGCCUCUUGGAAUUAGAAGAGCUAGCCAGUGUUUUUGAUGUUCGUGACACAGACGGGGAUGCAAAACUAUCCUAUGCCGAGUUUACAGCCCAUGCCAACGAUAACCCCUUAAGACACGAGCUGUUCAACCAUUUUGACACCAACAAGGAUGGUUUUCUCCAAAAACAUGAACUUGUCUACGCCAACUUUUUAGCAAUGGAUCAUAAUGGUGACAACCAAGUUACAAGGCACGACUUUGACCAUUACUACACAAAUUAUUUAUUCUGCGGAUUUAUUUGGAACAAAAGAAAAGGAGGGAGGAAUUGAUUUAUACAUUCAUCGCGUACAAGAAGUUAACAUAAGAAGUUAUUCACCAUACUGCGUCA